GUAAACGCCAACAUUUUCACCAAUAGCCGAGACUACACGGUACAUAUGACGUCGCUGGCAAGCCGGUUUCGCCCCGGUGCAUUCUCUUUCAAGUUAAAGGUACCGAGACUGGAUCUUAUAGGUAAUGCUGAGGACAGUUGCGCGAAACAAUUCGAACCGCUUUAAGGUACCGAUCAACGUUAGUUUUUAUAUUUUACACACGAAUAUUUUUACGAUACCUAUACAAUUCGGUUCCGAUUUUUAAAUAUUUCUCUUCAUUUUUUUUCGGGUAUUUAUUUUUGGUAUCUUAUUUUUGUAUGUAGUUCGAGAAUAAUAUAUCUACGUAUAUUUUAGUUCGGUUAUUUUUCCAUCUACUUAUCAGUGCGGUUUAAUUUUCGCUGCGAGUUCGAUUUUCUCGAUUUGUUAUUCUGUUUUGUUGUUCGAGUUCGCGAAAUUUUUUUUCUUCUUUUCGAGAGUUUAAUAUUUCGUGUCGUUUUUUUUUUCGAAAAUGUUGUGAAUUAUUUCCACGAAUAUUUUUUACAGAAGACGAUGACAACUUAGCCGAAAGGAUUUUGCCAUGCAUUUAAAUUCAAUGAUGAAAAUAGUCCUGCCACUGGUGGUAUGGCUUACGGAAUUAAUUACCUGGAUACACUGUACAGGCGGAAUCGGAUUCGGCAUCAAAAGGGAGAUAUUUUUUCUUAAUCUAGAAGACGGGUACUUCGGAUGCCAAGUCAAUCAGUCCACCGAUGUACUCCAGUUAUACGAACUUUCAAAGCUAUGCGACGGCUACCAAGACUGCUUUCAAGGAUCCGAUGAACUUUCCAGGGAACUGAAGUGUACAAAUAACUGCGUAAGUGAAUCGUCGGGUCUGAAAUGUCAGAACGGAGCUUGUUUGGAUUCUCAGUGCCAUUGUAACGACGGAUUCGGAGGCUGCUCAUGCGAAGUACCUGAUGAAAAUGAAUGUAAAUAUCGACCUUGCGACGUUUUCGCUCAUUGCACCAAUACGCUGGGAAGUUUCCACUGCACCUGCUUUCCCGGAUACCACGGAGACGGUUUUCAUUGUCAAGAUAUAAACGAAUGCGAUGAUCCAGCCUUAUCAUCCAGAUGUGUAGCGAAUGCCGAAUGUUGUAAUUUACCAGCGCAUUUUCUCUGCAAAUGUAAACCAGGAUUCGAAGGCGAUGGAGAAGUAGAAUGCAGAGAUAUAAACGAAUGUUUACAACCCAACAUCUGCGGCCAUAACGCUGUCUGCUCAAAUACACCGGGAAAUUACUCGUGUAAUUGUCACGAAGGAUACGAGGGCAAUCCGUACAACGGAUGUUUGGACAUCAACGAGUGCGAGUUGAAUGCCUGCGCCGGUGGAGCUCUCUGUACCAAUUUUCCAGGCGGUUUUCAUUGCGAAUGUCCGCCCGGAUUUACCGGAGAUGCUUACAGGACCGGAUGCCAGGAUGUGAACGAGUGCUUGACCAAUCCUUGCGGGGUGAAUGCGUUAUGCAAGAAUGUACCGGGAAGCUUUCAGUGUGGUUGUCCACCCGGCUACACUGGAGAUCCGUUUCAUCAGUGCACAGAUGUGGACGAAUGCCGUUCAUCGCCGUGUGGUCUUAACGCCCGAUGUAACAAUUUAAACGGCACAUACUCGUGCAGUUGUUUGGAAGGAUUCAGCGGGCAUCCGGAUAAAGCGUGUUACGAUGUGAAUGAGUGCGCCACCGUGCCAAAUUUAUGUGGCAUAAAUGCUAGAUGUCUGAAUACUCCCGGAUCGUUCGUUUGCGUUUGCCCGUCUGGAUUUACCGGAUCGCCUCAAGUUUACUGCGAAAAUGUGAACGAGUGUGCGAAUAAUCCUUGCGGCAAAAAUGCUAUUUGCGCCGAUACCCCGGGCAGUUUUAGUUGUACUUGCAAAGAAGAUUAUACCGGAGACCCUUUCAAAGGAUGUGAAGAUAUCGACGAAUGUGCGGUGCUGGACAAACCAUGCGGAUUGAACGCAGUUUGCGAAAAUACUGAUCCAGGAUUCACGUGCUUAUGUCCGCAAGGAUUCAGUGGUAAACCAGAUCCAAAAGUUGCUUGCGAACAGGUCGACGUCUCGACUCUUUGUAAAGCAAACGCCGAUUGCACGAUGAACGCUGAAUGUAUCGAAGGUCAGUGCUUCUGUAGAACUGGAUUCAAAGCUGAUAAAUCGAUUUGCGUCGAUAUCGACGAAUGCGAGAUCGAGCCUUGCGGCACAUACUCUACUUGCACCAAUACUCCGGGCAGUUUUCAUUGCGGAUGUCAGCCUGGAUUUGUUGGGGCGCCACCAAGAAUGCAAUGCAAAGCUCCUUGCGACGAUGUUAAAUGUAGUCCACACGCGUACUGCAAAGUUGAUGUUCAAGGUGCCUAUUGUAUCUGCGAAGAUGGCUGGACUUUUUCACCUGGCAACGUCUCAGCCGGAUGCGUAGAUAUCAACGAAUGUGAUACAGCUGAUCGUUGUGGGUUAAACGCUGUCUGCCUCAAUACUCCAGGCAGUUACAGCUGCGAAUGUAAACCAGGUUUUAUGGGGGACGCGCAAAAAGAAUGCAUUGAUCUCUGCAACGGAAUCGAAUGUGGACCACACGGAUUCUGCAAGCCAGGAAAGUUAGAAAACCAGGAAAUAGCAGCUUGGUGCCAUUGCGAAGAAGGUUGGGCAUACAUUCCUACCCAGGUCGAAGCUGGUUGCGUAGAAAUAGGAACUCCAUGCUCGACUAAUCCUUGCGGCCAAAAUACUCGCUGCACCGAUUUCGAAGGUGGUCACAACUGCACCUGCUUACCAGGCUGUACCGGAGAUCCUGAGAAAGGCUGUGUCUGCGAAGCUUUUCGAACUGAUUAUUGUAAAAACACCAUUUGUGGCUCGAACGCCUUGUGCAGAUUGCAACAUGGCAAUAAAACGCAAUGCUACUGCCCUCCAGAAUUCCCCGUCGGUGAUCCUAAUGUACACUGUCAACCGAGUAAAUUACCACCCGAUUGUCGUACCUCGGGAUGUGGCAAAGGAGCCCUAUGUACCAAAGGAGAACGAUCUUACGUUUGCAGUUGCCCUCCCGGAACCAGCGGAAAUGCUUUCAAAGAAUGUAUACGAGACUGGGAAUGCUCGGAGGACGCGGACUGUUCGAAUGACAAACUAUGUAUAAACGGGCAUUGUAUAAACGGUUGUACUUUACCUGGGGCAUGCGGUGUUAACGCCUUGUGUCAAACUGUACUCCACAGAAAGCAUUGCUCUUGUCCGCAAUGCUACAGCGGCGAUCCGUCCACCGAAUGCAGACGUCUUCUGAACUGCGACCCGACGGCUCUUCAGCCCGCCGGCCGCGUCAUCUGCACCGAGAACAAGAACUGCGCCGCGAACGAGGCGUGCGUCGAGCGCGAAUGCAUCGAUCCUUGUCUGACCCCGGCUUUCGCAUCGUGCCAGUUACAGCCGUUGAAAAAAUGCGAAACCAGAGCUCACAAACCGUCUUGUAUCUGUCGAUACGGGUUCUAUUUGGCCGAAUCGGGCGAGUUGACUUGCGCUCCCGAACAAAUGGAGUGUCUGACGGAUGAAGAAUGUGCCAAAAGUUUAAUCUGCUCCAAAGGCAAAUGCCAUAAUCCGUGCAAUGUUAAUGGCGGAUCGCCUUGCGAAGGCAACAAGACCUGCGCUGUGAUCAACCAUAAGCCUGUAUGCCUUUGCAUGGACGAUUGCAAUCCGUCGGCGUCUGUAUGUCUGCGAGAUGCUGGAUGCGAAUCGCAUCAGAUAUGUCGUAAUUACGAAUGCAUCGAUCCUUGCGUUAAUAUUACAUGCCCGAGGGAUACGUAUUGUUUUGUCCAAGAUCACGUGCCUGUUUGUAAAUAUUGCGACGAAGGCUCAAGAUAUCUGGCUAAUCAAGGCUGCGUACGAAUAAUCGGUUGCGUCAACGAUAAAGAUUGCCCCGGCGAGUUAUCCUGUAUCCAGACAGAAUGCCAGAAUCCGUGCCUGUACAGCAAUCCUUGCAAUCACGGAGAUAUUUGCCAAGUCGAGAAUCACCGAGCCAUCUGUGUAGAGGGCCGAGGAGGUCCUCACCCACCUGUACCGCCGAGUUGCCACGAUUGCCCACCCGGAGUGCCAUGUAAUCCAGAAACGGGAGUUUGCAGCACCGAUAGAGAAAGCGAAACUGUAACAACAUACGACGACGGUAACUUGACCGAAACCGGCGGUCAAAUAUUACCGGGGGACAUUGAGGAAAGUCAGGGUUCUAGAGUUGACCUAGUGACCAGUACGUUCGACUACGCUGACCCUGUCACAUUCACCGCGAAAAUCCUCACAGUCGAAUCGACUACCAACAACGCCGCCGCUGCUGCCAAUCCUCUCCUCACUGAUGAACUGAUCCCGGUGACUAAAUCCACGCCGCAGGAGACGGAUACCGAUACACAUAUAGAGUCCAGCGGCGAUGGCGAUGGUCAACCAGCCGAAGGCGACUCGGAUGCCAUCGAUCGGGGUGUCGAUUCGACGCGUACUUCCUUGGUCACGCCGACUGAACGUGAUCGCUGGAGCGUUUCUAAUAUGGAAACUGAAUUUGAAACGGAAAUCGCUCCUUCCAACGGCGGCAGCAACGUAUCGAUUGCUUCAGAAAUCGAAGAAUACGCCAGAAUUUCGAAUCGCUCGUCGUCCGACGAUAUAUCGUCCAUUACAAAAGCCACUACUACGUCGGAUGACCAAACGACGACUACACAUAUCGUCGUAAAUGGUAGUACCAACGCACCAGGAAACCCUACCAGUGUUUUAGAUGACUCGUCGUCGACGGCGACUGUACCAACGCAAUUACCAGCUGCCAAUGUGUACGUAGACGAGACGACGACGACAUCGACAACAAUUCCAAAUAUUACGCAACCCACAACCGAUAUAGGAGCGGCCACUUCUACAAUAACUGAUUCGAACGAAUCGAAUCCGGUAAUUGAGAAAUUACCAGAGCCGUUCGUGCACGUAGAAAACAACCUCGAACGUGCUAAAAAUGUCAGCUCACAACGUGUGGGUGAUGGAACUGAUGUAACGACCAAAGAUGAGAUUCCGGCCACUACCGAAAUCGAAAAUGAUCGAGAAAUAAAGGGGCCAUCGACAAUCAGCUCCGAUAAUGCGGCCAAAACGGAAGAAAUUGUCCCUGUUGGAGAUACCACUGUCAAGGUUGAAGCUGACUCUUCGGUUGAUGGAAUUGGCAAAGGUCAAGAAGCGUCAAAUGUCGAGAAAGAGAGUACGUUCUCAGAAGGGACAUCAUCUUCCAUUCAAGUUCCUGUCACGGAGGUCACAACUAUCGUCGAGUCGAGUGUACUUGAGAUGAAACCUUCUUCCACAGAAUCCUCUGUAGUAGAAUCUGCAACAAUUCCUGCCAUUGAUGGUGACACAUCCACAGAGUUGCCCAAGACCAAGGAAGCUGAAGGUGAAGAAAAUAAGGGUACUCAGUUCCUAACCACAACAUCUUCCCAAGCGAACCCUGCCAUUGAAACAUCAUCCAAUUCUCUCAAUACAGAAGAACCAUCUGAGAAAUCCACUGAGACCGACCAUUCAUCGACAACUUCACUUUCAACUCCAACAAAUCAAGGUGAAACAAUAUCUGAGGACUUGAAAAAUACCACAUCCGAUGCUGCCAUUGAAGAUGCACUUGCUGACACACCAGAUAAUGCUCCUAGUACAGAAGUAGCACCAACUGAACCUGCAACCUCAAAAUCAACAACCGCCAGUUCUGAUGAAACACCAUCUGAAGACUCAAAACCCACCACAUUGAAUUCUGACACAAUAGGAGUCACUUCAGAGACACCAACUGACACUGCUACCCCAUCACAGAACCUGGAGGAGGCUAAUGGAAGUGCCAGUUACACUGAAAGAGUAGUUGUUGAGGUUCAGACAUCAAAAAGUCAAGAAAGUAAUCUUCUCAAAGAUACAGACACUGAAAAUCCAGUACUCGAAGGCUCAAAUACUUCAGAAAACAGCUCUAAGGAAACACCAGUUGAUACUUCUUCUGGAUCAUCUGAAGAAUCUGUAAACACACCUGAGACUACCACCAAAUCCGAACAAACCGAGCAGGAGACAAUAAAAGAUCAGAAAACAUCUACUUCUGCACCACUGCCAGAACUGGGUGCAACCUCCAGUUCCACAGAGACCGUAUCGUCUUCAGAAGGUAUCACGUUGCCAGUCCAAGAAACAGAAACUAUUUCAUCCUCAGCAUCUGAACCAACUCUGCAACCUACAGUAACCGCAGAAACCAGACCACAGUUAGAGGACGACGUUCCCAUUGACACUGGAACUUUAACACCCGAACAAUCUUCAAAAUCAAAUACAUAUGAAACCACAUCAUCUCCUCAGAAUCCUACUACCAUUGAUGCUCUUUCUGAUACAGCAAAUCUUUCAGAAACUGCCUCGACCACUGCCAGUACAGCUGAACCAGGAGAAACAUCAUCACCUACAUCAUCAUCAACAACAAGCCCGAUUGAAUCUGUUGAAACACCACCUCCUUCAUCAACUAUGCAGUCAGAAUUAGCUGAAAUGUCACCAUCAUCGAAAUCAACGACUACCACAACAGAAUCUGCUGAAUCAUCACCCUUUUCAUCAACCACCACAACAGAAUCUGCUGAAUUAUCAUCCUCUUCAUCAACCACCUCAACACAAUCUGCUGAAGAAUCACCCUCUAGCUCUUCAGAGUCUUCUGAAACAUCCCCGCCUUCAACUAGCCAAUCAGAAGCUGACACAACAUUGUCACCAUCAUCAGCAACUAGCUCAACAGAAUCCGCUGAAUCAUCAUCAAUCUCCAAGUCUGCUGAAACAUCACCACUCUUUUCAUCAACAAUAGAGUACGAUUCUACAGAAUCAUCACCAUCAUCAACAACCACCACAACAGAAUCUGCAGAAACACCACCAUCUAGCUCAUCACCGUCAUCAACGACCACCACUAAAGAAUCUGCAGAAACACCACCAUCUAGCUCGUCAGAAUCAUCUGAAACAUCUCCGCCAGCAACUACCCAAUCAGAAUCUGCAACAACACUACAACCUCCAUCAGAAACAAACUCAUCAGAAUCUGCUACAACAUUACAACCUCCAUCAGAAGCAAGCUCAUCAGAAUCUGCUACAACAUCACCACCCAGCACAUCAGAUUCAACUGAAACUUCACCACCAUCAUCAAUCCCCAAAUCCACCAUAACAGACUCCCCUGACGAUAACAAAUCAGGCACUCUAGACCCUUCCACAACUCAAUCCCCCCUCACAAACUGUACCUCCCCAUACCAACUAAACUGCACAGCAACUUCGAAAGAAAUACGAGUACAAACUACCGGUAACAAGACGACAGUGAUAAUCGUUCGAACUAGACCACUAACAUCUAGCUCGAAUCACAGUUGCACUAGCAAUUUGGACUGUCCAAGAAUGCGGAUAUGUUUAAAUAAUAUUUGCACGCUAAAAAACAACUCACAGCUUGCGAAAUCCGGACUCGGACUGUCGUUGGCCGAAACGUCGGAUUUUCUUCGAGGCUCUAGUCGGAAACAUCAUUGCGAGCUGGACUCACACUGUAACGACACCGAGGUUUGUGUAAAUCACGUGUGUGAAGAUACGUGUCACGUAGCUAAGCAGACACAUUCGUGUGCUCCGACUGCUAAAUGUCACGCGGUCAAACACAGGCCAGUAUGUACAUGUCCGGCUGGAUACCGAGGAAAUCCUAGCGAUGGGUGUUAUUUACCACAACCAUUGUCCUGCCACUCGAAUUUGGAAUGCUCAGUAAACGAAGUUUGCCUCAAAGGCGUCUGUCAGUUACCAUGCUCUAUUCAUAACCCCUGCGCUGAAUAUGCUGUCUGCGUCAACACACACCGAGGUCCUGACUGCAGCUGUCAAGAAGGAUACCAAGGAAACGGAUUCGUAGGCUGUAUUCCAGUCGAUUCAGUCAGAUUAAUUUGCCAAUACAACGAAGACUGUCCGCCUGAAAAAUUAUGCGACAGAUUGAACCGAGUCUGUAUAAAUCCCUGCUUCGAAGACUCUUGCGGCGAGAACGCCGAAUGUGUGCCAAAAAAUCACAAAAUCGAUUGCCGUUGCCCGCAUGGUACCAGUGGCAAUCCAUACAUAUCCUGCACUGCUGUAACCGGUUGCCAGCGAGAUGAAGACUGUGCUUCGAAUGAAGCAUGUAUCCAAGGAAAAUGCGGCAAUCCUUGCCGUUGUGGUCCGAAUGCCAUUUGCGAUGUUCUAUACCAUCGAGCCAGUUGUAAAUGUUUACCAGGGUAUAAUGGAAAUCCCAAUGAAGGAUGUCUGGUACCCCAAAACCCAUGCAAACCGAAUCCAUGCGGUAUGCACGCCGAAUGCGAAUUGGAUAACGGAAACCCAGUCUGUUUCUGCCCAAAAGGAAUGACCGGAAAUCCAUUCAAACAAUGCAUACCAGAAGGCGACGACUGUAGACCAAACCCUUGCGGUCCUAACUCCGGCUGCAAAGUUGUGCGAGGAUCGGCGUUAUGUUUCUGCUUGCCACAAUUCGAAGGAGAUCCACCAAGCAUACCUUGUCAACUACCACAGAAUCCUUGUAAUCCAUCGCCAUGCGGACCCAACACUCAAUGCACAUUGCUCAGCACCGGAUACGCUAAAUGUACUUGUUUGAACGGUUACGUCGAGAGUACGAACACCAUUCGAGGCUGUGUUGAGAAAAAGAACCCGUGUGAUCCGAAUCCUUGCGGUUACGGAGCUAUCUGCGAUCCGAACAGAACACCUUGUUGUUUCUGUCCAGAAAACACUGUUGGAAAUCCUUAUAAACACUGCGAAGAACGAGUUAGAGAUUUAUGCAAGCCUGGACCUUGUGGCCCUAAUGCCGACUGUUACGUUACUGGAAGUACCGAGCAAUGUUUCUGUAAGCAAGGCUUCCAAGGCGAUCCGUAUACAAGCUGUCAACUCAUACCUCAUAAUCCAUGCAAUCCAAAUCCAUGCGGACCAUAUGCCACUUGCACCGUUUCUCACGAUGGACAACCCCUUUGUAACUGCCCUCCUGGAAUAGUACCAGAUUCGAAUGGCGGCUGCACAGGAUUUGAGUGCACUAUUGACGAAGACUGUCCCUUCAACAAGGCUUGCGUUGCUUACAAAUGCCAAGACCCAUGCCCAGGAUCUUGCGGUAUAGGAGCAUCAUGUCGAGUAGAAAAACAUCAUCCAGUAUGCACCUGUAACCAUGGUCUUACUGGAAACCCCUUAACUAGAUGUUACCUCUUAGAAGCUAAACCAGAACCAAAUCCUUGCCAUCCUUAUCCAUGUGGACCAAACACAUACUGUAAAGUAUCUAAUAAACGAGCAGUAUGCACAUGUAUGGAGAACUUCGUAGGAGAUGCUAAGAAAGGAUGCAAACCCGAAUGUGUAUUGAACACCGAUUGUGGCUCCGACCGAGUUUGCAUCAAUUACCAAUGUAAAGAUCCAUGCGGUAUCAAGAGCGUUUGUGGUCUUGGUGCAGUUUGUCUAUGCAGAGAUCACAUGCCAACUUGCAUCUGUCGCGAAGGCUUCACUGGCAAUCCAUUUAUUCAAUGUGUGCCCAAACCUACUUAUCCAUCAUACCCCAACACAACGUUACCAUGUACUCCAUCACCUUGCGACCCAACCAACACAUGCCAUGCUUAUGGCACAGAAGUAGCCAUGUGUGAUCCAUGUACUAGUCCAAAUGGAUACUACAAUCCAUCUUGUCACCCAGAAUGUCUGUAUAAUGCCGACUGUCCCUUCAAUUUGGCUUGCUUGGGACAGAAAUGUCUAGAUCCUUGUGUGGGAGCUUGUGGUAUCAACUCCCAUUGCAUGGUUGUCAAGCAUUCGCCAAUUUGCUCGUGUCCAGAAACACUUACUGGAAAUCCCUACGAACACUGUACAGCAAUCAAAACUCCUCCAGUUGCGGCAGACCACUGUCAUAGAGAUCGUUGUGGUGCCAAUGCCAUAUGCAAAAAUAACUACGGUCACAUAAUUUGCGAAUGUGCUCGAGGAUACUUUGGCAACCCUUACUUGGCCUGCAGACCAGAAUGUGUGAUCAACACUGACUGUCCUCAGACGAAGGCUUGCCUCAACAAUAAAUGUAUAAAUCCAUGCUCUGGAGUCUGCGGAGUCAACGCAGAAUGCCAAGUCAUCAAUCAUCAACCAAUAUGCUAUUGCCCUCAAGGUCAUACAGGCGAUGCAUCACUUAAUUGUUACCCAGAUCGUACUUAUUUACCACCAUUACCACCAGUCAAACCAUCAAACCCAUGUGAUCCUUCACCUUGUGGAGCCAAUAGCAGAUGUCUGAUAUCACCUGAGGGCUAUGCCGUCUGCUCUUGUCUGCCAGGAUAUCGAGGAUCACCACCUUUAUGCAAACCAGAAUGUGUUGUCAGCACUGAAUGUGCUUUGGUUCAAUGCUGUAUCAAUCACAAGUGCUCAGAUCCUUGUCCCGGUACUUGUGGUAUUGGUGCUCAAUGCUUCGUCAUCAACCACAACCCUAUCUGCAGUUGUCCACCUGGACACGUUGGUGAUCCAUUCGUUAUGUGUGUUUUACCACCAGCCAUUGAACAACCUAAAGUUCCAAGCAAUCCUUGCGAUCCGAAUCCCUGCGGCCCCAAUUCCAUUUGCCAAAUCCGAGAAGGUCAUCCAGUAUGCUCUUGCAUCGCUAACUAUUUGGGAAGUCCGCCGUAUUGUCGUCCAGAGUGCGUCUUGAACCAAGAAUGUCCAUUCGACAAAGCCUGUAUUCACGAAAAAUGUCAAAACCCAUGUGCCAAAUCUUGUGGUCUGAAUGCCAAGUGUGAUGUAGUCAAUCACACUCCGUAUUGUACUUGUCUGCCAGGCUACGAAGGAGACGCCUUCAUAAGCUGCUCUCGAAUACCACCAACUGUACAACCACCAGUACCCAAAGACCCAUGUCGUCCUUCGCCUUGCGGAGAGAACGCCCAAUGUUCCUACCAAGAGGACGGUAUCGUUUUAUGUACCUGUAUACCGCCAUAUAUUGGAAACCCGUACUCAGGUUGUCGUCCAGAGUGCGUGAUGAACAGCGACUGUGCACCCAACGCCGCUUGCCUUUCUAGUCACUGCAGAGAUCCCUGCCCGGGAGUCUGUGGAAAUAACGCCGAGUGCACCGUUGUUAAUCAUAUUCCAGUAUGUACAUGUUUCCCAGAUCAUGUAGGAAAUCCAUUCCAAUCAUGCAGAAGGAAACCAAUUGCUCCUCCGCCACCACCGAGGAACCCCUGCGAUCCAUCACCAUGUGGCCCUAACAGCAGAUGUGAAAUUAGUCAUUCACACGCGCUUUGCUCAUGCAACCAGGGCUUCAUCGGAACACCACCGAAUUGUCGACCCGAAUGCGUAACUAGUGCGGAGUGUAGUCCUAGUCUGGCUUGUAUAGCUCAAAAAUGCGCCGAUCCGUGCCCUGGCACUUGCGGAUUGCAUGCAAGAUGCAAUGUCAUCAACCAUAAUCCGAUUUGCAGCUGUCCUCCGAAUACUGUCGGCGAUCCGUUCGUUAGAUGUGUACAAGAGGAACCUCAUCCACCGCCAGUACCGUAUUACCCGUGUCAUCCAUCACCUUGCGGAGCCAAUUCCGAAUGCAAAGAACAAGACGGCCGUCCAGUCUGCUCUUGUCUAGCUGGUAUGCUCGGUACUCCACCGUAUUGCCGGCCGGAAUGUCUAAUUCAUGCCGAUUGCCCGACGAAACUCGCGUGUUUAAAUAAUAAGUGUCGUGAUCCGUGUAUCGGUUCGUGCGGUUUUAACGCGCAGUGUUCGGUCGUCAAUCACCAGCCGAUUUGCUCCUGCCACGAAGGCUACCAAGGAGAUCCAUUUUCCGGAUGUAAUGCCAUCGCACCGAUACCUACCCCGAUACCUGAACCUUGCCAUCCCUCGCCUUGUGGCGCGAACGCCAUUUGCAAAGAAUCCUAUAACGCUGCCUCGUGCACGUGUUAUCCGGGUUAUUUCGGUGAUCCUUAUACGGGCUGUAGGCCGGAAUGCGUUCAAAAUUCCGACUGCGCCUGGGAUCUUGCAUGCGUAAACAAUAAGUGCGUGAAUCCGUGUUCUGGUGCUUGCGGUAUCAAUGCUGAAUGUAAAGUAGUCCAUCAUACGCCAUCUUGCUUCUGUCUGCAAGACUAUACUGGCAAUCCGUUGACUGCAUGUAGAAAGAUCAUACACGAUCCUACAUGUACUGUCGACCUGAUGGUAGCACACCCUUGCAUGCGAUCGCCUUGCGGCCCCUACAGUCAAUGCAGGGCGGUCGACAACCACGCUGUAUGCUCGUGCUUAUCUGGUUACUUUGGUAAGCCGCCCAACUGUCAUCCGGAAUGUAUCAGCAACUCGGAUUGCCCAUUCGAUAAAGCAUGCUUGAAUCAACUCUGCUCCAAUCCCUGCAUAGGGGUUUGUGGUUACAAUGCACGCUGCCACGUCGUCAAUCACAACCCCAUAUGCAGCUGUAACUUGGGCUUUACAGGAGACCCGUUUGUUAGAUGCAUUGAAAUACGAAAACCGGAUAUCCAACCUAUACCGUCGAACCCCUGCGUACCUUCUCCCUGCGGACCCAAUUCUAUAUGUCAGAGUCACGGAGAUGUACCGUCGUGCUCUUGCACGUCAAAUUAUAUCGGUAGACCGCCGAAUUGUCGACCCGAAUGUACGACUAAUUCGGAAUGCGAGGGCCAUCUGGCCUGUCAAAAUGAAAGGUGCAGGGAUCCGUGUAUCGGAUCUUGCGGACCUUACGCCGAAUGCGUUGUCGUACAUCAUACGCCAGUUUGUACCUGCGAGCCAGGUUUUGCUGGCGAUCCGUUCAUACAAUGCUCUAGAGUGCCCGAACCGAUCCCAACCGAAACACCAGAUCCUUGCCAUCCGUCGCCUUGCGGUAGUAACGCAGUCUGCAAAGAACGCAACGGAGCCGGCUCUUGUCAGUGUCUACCCGAAUACUCGGGAGAUCCUUACACCGGCUGCAGACCGGAAUGCGUUCUUAACAGCGAAUGUCCUCAUGAUAAGGCUUGCGUCAACAAUAAAUGUAUAAAUCCGUGUAUCGGAGUAUGCGGUUCUAAUGCCGAAUGUAGGGUCAUCAACCAUGCCCCUUCAUGCAGCUGUGUCAUCGGGUACACAGGAAACCCAUUAGUGGCCUGUCAUCCAACGCCAAAACCACCACCACCGAGACCAGAACGACCGAGAAAUCCGUGCAUUCCUUCGCCAUGUGGACCAUACAGCGAAUGUCGUCAAGUCGACAAUCACGCUGUAUGUUCUUGCCAGAAAAACUACAUCGGUUCGCCUCCGGCGUGCAGACCCGAGUGCAUGGUUAGCUCGGAAUGUGCGCAGAAUAAAGCCUGCAUUAAACAAAAAUGUCAAGAUCCUUGUAUCGGAACGUGCGGCUACAAUGCACGAUGUCAAGUGGUCAGCCAUAACCCGAUAUGUAGUUGUUCGCCUGGGUUCACUGGCGAUCCAUUUGUACGUUGUGUUAAAGAAGAACCUGUAAAAACCGACGAACGUAAUCCAAGCUAUCCCUGCACACCUUCGCCUUGCGGACCAAAUUCGCAAUGUCGCGUUGUAGGCAGCAAUCCUGCAUGCUCGUGCUUAGAGAACUAUAUCGGAAGGCCUCCCAAUUGUCGACCAGAGUGUACCAUAAACGAGGAAUGUCCGCCUCACUUGGCGUGCCAGAAUGAGCGUUGUCGAGACCCCUGUAUAGGUUCUUGUGGCGCCCAUUCUACUUGUGUGACUGUCAAACAUUCUCCACAUUGUAAUUGCGAGAUUGGCUACACUGGCGAUCCGUUCGCCGGUUGCAUACUAAUCGUUGAAGUUCGACCUCCAGAAUCACCUCAAGAUCCCUGCGUACCUUCUCCUUGCGGAGCAAACGCUGUUUGUAAACAAAGAAAUGGAGCAGGUUCUUGCCUUUGCUUACCCGAAUACUACGGCGACCCUUACACCGGUUGCAGACCAGAAUGUGUCACGAAUUCUGACUGUGACCGUAGCAAAGCGUGUUUCAAUAACAAAUGUAAAGACCCUUGCAUCGGUACUUGUGGUCUAAAUGCCGAAUGCCGAGUGAUAAAUCACGCUCCCUCGUGUACAUGUUAUCCCGACUACAUAGGGGAUCCUAUAAACGCAUGCCAUCCUAAGCCUAAGGAAGACCAUACGCCUAGACCAACGAUGCCUUGUGUUCCAUCGCCUUGUGGACCGUAUAGCGAAUGUCGUCAAGUGAAUGAUCACGCUGUAUGCUCUUGUCAAAAGAACUACGUAGGUUCGCCUCCUGCGUGUCGACCCGAGUGUAUGGUUAGCUCAGAGUGUCCGCAAGAUAAGGCUUGCAUAAGGCAGAGAUGUGUGGACCCGUGUCCUGGAACUUGUAGUCCGGAUGCACGUUGUCAAGUCGUCAAUCACAAUGCUAUUUGCAGUUGUUCGCCCGGUUACACUGGCGAUCCUUUCGUUCGGUGUAUAAAAAUACCACAAGAACUUCCACCGCCUGUACCUUCGAAUCCGUGCGUACCGUCUCCUUGCGGACCGUACUCAGAAUGUAGAAUAGUCGGAAACACUCCGGCUUGCUCUUGCCAGCAAGACUACGUCGGACGUCCGCCAAAUUGUCGACCCGAGUGUACUAUAAACGCCGAAUGUCCAGGAACCUUAGCUUGCAUAAACGAACGCUGCAAAGAUCCUUGCCCAGGAUCUUGCGGUAUUCACGCCGUUUGCGCCGUGUCCAAUCACGCUCCUCGGUGUACUUGCGAAAAUGGCUACACCGGGGAUCCGUUUUCCGGAUGUUCUCCAGUACCAAUCGCUAUUCCGACCGAAGCGCCUAAAAAUCCUUGCGUUCCUUCUCCUUGCGGAGCGAAUGCAGUUUGUAAAGAGAGAAAUGGAGCCGGAUCUUGUAUAUGUUUACCUGAAUACUACGGUGAUCCUUAUACUGGCUGCAGACCAGAAUGUGUGACUAAUUCUGAUUGCGAUCCGAACAGAGCGUGUUUGAAUAAUAAAUGCAAAGAUCCGUGUCCCGGAACUUGCGGCCUCUACGCAGAGUGUAGGGUUAUAAAUCACGCUCCAUCGUGCUCUUGCCUGCCAGGCUAUACAGGCGAUCCUAUAAGUGCAUGUCAUCAAAUACAAGAAAUAAAACCAGAAUACGUUAAUCCGUGUACGCCGUCGCCUUGUGGACCAUACAGUGAAUGUAGAGAGAUAAAUGGUCAUGCCGUGUGUUCUUGUCAAAAGAACUACAUUGGAACACCUCCGGCAUGCAGGCCAGAGUGUAUGGUUAGUUCAGAGUGUGCGCAGAAUAAGGCGUGUAUCAAUCAAAAAUGCGUAGAUCCUUGUCCUGGCACUUGCGGACAAAAUGCCAGAUGUCAAGUCGUCAACCAUAAUCCGAUCUGUAGUUGUCCUACUGGCUAUACAGGAGAUCCAUUUGUACGAUGCGUUCUUGAACAACGUACAACGACUGCAAGACCCAGUGGGAACCCUUGCGUUCCUUCGCCUUGCGGACCUUACUCAGACUGCCGGGUUAUAAAUAAUGUACCUGCAUGCUCUUGUCUUACCAAUUACAUCGGGCAACCUCCCAACUGUCGGCCCGAGUGUGUGAUAAAUGCCGAAUGCCCGAGUAAUUUGGCUUGUAAAAACGAAAAAUGUAUAGAUCCUUGUCCCGGAUCAUGCGGCCAUUUAGCCAAAUGCUAUGUAAUUAAUCACAACUCUGUAUGUACAUGCCCUCCCGGAUAUACUGGAAACGCAUUAGUCGAAUGCCACCCUGAACCUAGUACUGAAGCUAAUCCUCCCGAACCCAUCAAUCCUUGCUAUCCAAAUCCUUGCGGAGUCAAUGCCGAAUGUGUCAAUAAAAACGAAGCUGCUGCUUGCCGUUGCAUCACUGGAUACUUUGGUGAUCCUUAUAGUGGUUGUAAACGAGAAUGUGAAACCAAUAACGACUGCCAUUUGUUACUGUCUUGCAUCGGAUACAAAUGCGUCGAUCCUUGCCCAGGCACUUGCGGAUCUGACUCCAUUUGUACCGUUGUCAAUCAUAUUCCAAUUUGUUCGUGUCCACCGGAAUACACUGGUGAUCCAUUCUUCCAAUGUAGACCAAUUCCACUGACACCAAAACCACCAACUCAAGAUCCAUGCUAUCCAUCACCAUGUGGACCAAACAGCCAAUGCAGAGCAGUAAAUCAACAAGCAGUUUGUACAUGCCUGCCAACAUAUGUGGGAAGUCCACCAAACUGCAGGCCAGAGUGUGUGGUUAGCUCAGAAUGUCCUUUGGACAAAGCUUGCAUAAACCAAAAGUGUGCUGAUCCUUGUCCAAACACUUGUGGAUUGUACGCCUUAUGUAACGUUAAAAAUCAUAAUCCAUACUGUUCGUGUCCACCACAAUACACUGGAGAUCCAUUUUCACAAUGUUUACCAAUACCGCCUAGCACACAAGCAACACCAACAGAUGCGCCACCUUCCUGCGUGCCAUCUCCUUGCGGUCCUAACUCGCAAUGUAAAAUCAUCAAUGGUAGUCCUGUGUGUUCGUGUUUGCCAGAUUUUAUAGGAUCACCGCCAUCUUGCAGACCAGAAUGUGUCAUCAGUUCAGAAUGUCCUAGUCAAUUAGCUUGCAUCAACCAGCACUGUAGGGAUCCAUGCCCAGGAUCUUGCGGUGUGAAUGCAAAUUGUUAUGUUCUAAAUCACGUUCCUGUAUGCACAUGUAAUGAUGGUCACACUGGCGAUCCUUUCAAUUUAUGUUCUCCUAUUCCAAUCACUACGCCAGCUCCAAUCAAUCCAUGUAGUCCAUCACCAUGUGGACCUAAUGCAAUUUGCCAUGGCGAUGGAAUUUGCGAAUGUUUACCCGAAUACACCGGCAAUCCUUAUGAAAGUUGUAGACCAGAGUGUGUCAUCAGUAGUGAAUGUCCAAGAGACAAGGCGUGCAUUAGGAACAAGUGUCAAAAUCCAUGCAUUGGCACUUGUGGACAGAAUGCAAAUUGUGAUGUCAUCAAUCACAUCCCAACUUGCUCUUGUCCACCAAACAUGAUUGGAGAUCCAUUCUUCUUGUGCAGACCCAAGCCAGAAGCUCCUCCAGUUCCACUUGACCCCUGCUCACCAUCACCUUGCGGACCAAACAGCAUAUGCCGCAACAACAAUGGCCAAGCUGUAUGCUCCUGUUUACCAAGUUACCAAGGCACUCCACCAUCCUGUAAACCAGAAUGUAUUGUGAGCGAGGAAUGCUCCAGUGUACAGGCUUGCGUCAAUAAAAAAUGUAUCAAUCCUUGCAUUGGAGUAUGCGGCUACGGUGCUCGCUGUGAAGUCAUCAAUCACAGUCCAAUAUGCAGUUGCCGCGAGAGUCAGACUGGUGAUCCAUUCAAAAGUUGUUAUGAUUUACCACCCCAACCAAUACCAGAACCAACACCUCAGAAUCCUUGCGUGCCAUCACCUUGUGGUCCGAAUUCUCACUGCUUACCAAGCAACCACCAACCUACAUGUUCUUGCUUGCAAGGAUUUGUUGGAGCUCCACCAAACUGUCGCCCAGAAUGUGUCAUCAACAGCGAUUGUCCAAGGAACUUGGCUUGCAUCAAUAAUAAAUGCAGAGAUCCAUGCCCAGGAUCGUGUGGAUUGAAUGCUCAAUGCCAAGUCAUCAGUAACACAGUAUCAUGCUCUUGCUUACCAGGCUAUGUUGGAAACCCAUUCGAACAAUGUCAACAACAAAUUACCGAAGAAGAAGAACUCAAUCCGUGUGAACCAUCUCCAUGCGGUGUAAAUGCCAUUUGUAAACAACAAAACGGUGCUGGAUCUUGCUCGUGUAUAGCAGGAUACCAGGGAAAUCCGUAUGAAGGCUGCAGACCAGAAUGUGUUCUCAGUUCUGACUGUCCUUCUGACAAGGCAUGCAUUAGAAACAAAUGUCAGAAUCCAUGUCCUGGCAUUUGCGGAGUGUAUGCUUCUUGCACUGUGAUAAACCAUAUCCCGAAUUGCAAUUGCGAACCAGGAUAUAUUGGAGAUCCAUUCAGUGGCUGCAGACUUAAACCAAUUGAAGCACCUCUACCAUCCGUCAACCCUUGCAAUCCAUCACCAUGUGGUCCAAAUAGUAGAUGUGUGGAACGAAAUGACCAAGCUAUAUGCUCCUGCUUGCCUAAUUACCAAGGAUCGCCUCCAGAUUGCAGACCAGAAUGUGUUGUAAAUUCAGAAUGCCCGACAAAUCGAGCGUGUUACAAAUACAAAUGCACAGAUCCGUGUCCUGGCACUUGCGGCAUAAAUGCGCGUUGCGAGGUCAUUAAACAUCGCCCAAUAUGCAGUUGUCCAGCUGGUUUUACUGGCGAUCCAUUCCAGCGAUGUUACCAAGCACUACCAGAAGUUAAACCUCCGGUGCAACCUAUCAAUCCAUGUGUUCCAUCCCCAUGCGGACCAUAUUCUGAGUGCCAUGUUAUCGGAAGCCAAGCUUCUUGCAGAUGUAGAGAAAACUACAUCGGUGGACCUCCUAAUUGCCGACCAGAAUGCGUUGUCAACACAGAUUGCUCUCCAACUCUAGCUUGCAUUUCUGAGAAAUGUAGAGAUCCGUGCAUAGGAUCAUGUGGUCUAAACGCUGAAUGCCGAGUGCAUAAUCACAUACCAACAUGUACUUGCAUACCACAACAUACUGGAGAUCCAUUCACACAAUGUACUCAGAUAGUCAUAAUCGAACAUCCGCCAACUCCCACAAACCCAUGUAGCCCUUCGCCUUGCGGAGCGAAUGCCAAUUGUAACAAUGGAGUUUGUACUUGUAUUACAAAUUACUUCGGCGAUCCAUACGGUGGUUGUCGACCUGAAUGUACCAUGAAUACAGACUGUUCGCCGAAUAAGGCGUGUAUCAAUUUACGAUGUGUUGAUCCAUGCAUUGGUAUUUGUGGACAAGAUGCUAAAUGCGAUGUCGUUAACCACAUACCAACAUGCUCUUGUCCACCAACAACCUCCGGAGAUGCUUUUGUAGCUUGUCGUCCGAUUGUUCAUGUUGAUAUCGAUCCCUGCAAUCCAUCUCCCUGUGGGCCAAACAGCAUCUGCAGGGUUAUUGAUAACCAUGCUGUAUGUUCUUGCCAACCUGGUCUCAUCGGAGCACCACCAUCUUGCAGACCUGAGUGUGUAACGAGUGCUGAGUGCUCUUUAACACAAGCAUGUCUGAUGCAAAAAUGCAAAGAUCCAUGCCCAGGAACUUGCGGCUUGAAUGCUAAAUGCCAUGUUAUCAAUCAUAAUCCAAUCUGCAGUUGUCCACCAGGAUAUAAUGGAGAUCCAUUCAGACACUGCCAACUGGUACCAGCUCUACCACCAACACCCCCUCAACCAUUGAAUCCGUGUGCUGGCUCGCCAUGUGGUCCAAAUGCCAUUUGCCAAGUGCAUGGCGAUAUUCCAGCUUGCUCGUGUUUGACCAAUUACAUAGGAAGUCCGCCGAACUGCAGACCCGAGUGUACAAUAAAUCCCGAAUGUCCACCAACGUUGGCUUGCAUCAAUCAACGCUGUGCUGAUCCUUGUUCCGGAUCGUGUGGUUUUAAUGCUGUAUGCUCAGUUGUCAAUCAUGCAGCUGUGUGUUCUUGCAUACAAGGCUACACAGGAGAUCCAUUCGCAUCAUGUGCAUUGAUCACAGUCAGUACUGUUGAGCAAGCUCCGCAAGAGAACUUGAACCCUUGUCAACCAUCACCAUGUGGCCACAAUGCAGUAUGCAGAGAACAAAAUGGAGCUGGAUCAUGCACAUGCAUACCUGGGUAUUUUGGUAAUCCUUAUGAAGGAUGCAGGCCUGAAUGUGUCACAAAUGCAGAAUGUUCUCCCAACAAAGCUUGCAUUCAGAAUAAAUGCCAGGAUCCUUGUCCAGGAACCUGCGGAUCUAAUGCAAUAUGCCAUGUAAUCAGUCAUGUACCUACAUGUUCAUGCAUUGAAGGCUACACUGGGGAUGCUACAAGAUACUGUCAUCAAGUGCCAGUUGCUGCUAUUCCUCCAGAAGUAAUAAAUCCAUGUCAUCCAAGUCCUUGUGGACCCAACAGCCAAUGUAAAGAAUUGAAUGGACAAGCUGUUUGUUCAUGUCAACUAACAUAUAUUGGAAGUCCACCUAACUGCAGACCAGAAUGCUUAACCAAUUCAGAAUGUCCUACCCACCUAGCAUGUGUGAAUCAGAAAUGUGCAGAUCCAUGUGUAGAAAUGUGUGGCACUCAUGCAAUAUGUAGAGUUGUUCGACACAGUCCAAUUUGUACAUGUCAACAAGGUUUCACUGGUGAUCCAUUCUCCAGAUGUUACCCCAUACCAGCACCUCCACCAGAAAGUCCUCCAACACCUGUCAAUCCAUGCAUACCAUCACCAUGUGGCCCUUACUCACAAUGUAGGAACAUAGAUGGCAGGCCAUCAUGUACCUGCCAAAGUGAUUAUAUUGGACAACCUCCCAACUGUCGUCCAGAAUGUUUGAUAAAUGCUGAAUGUCCAAGUCAACAUAGUUGUAUCAGACAAAAAUGCAAAGAUCCAUGUCCAGGAUCUUGUGGUCUGAAUGCUAUAUGCCAUGUAAAUAACCAUAUGCCAGUAUGCACCUGCUUUGAUAACUACAUUGGAGAUCCAUUCACUGAAUGCAGACCUAAACCUCCAGAACCUACUCAAGCCAUACCUCUGGACCCUUGUAACCCAUCACCUUGUGGUUCAAAUGCUGAGUGUAGGAAUGGAAUCUGUUAUUGCCAACCAGAAUACCAAGGAGACCCUUACCAGGGAUGCAGGCCAGAAUGUGUGCUCAACAAUGAAUGUCCACGAGAUAAAGCUUGUAUUCGCAAUAAAUGCAAAGAUCCUUGUCCAGGCGUUUGUGGUCAAAAUGCUAUUUGCACAGUAGUUGAACACAUUCCAACAUGUUCUUGCCCACCCAGCUAUUCAGGAAAUUCUUUCAUUCAAUGUGAUAUUGUACAAGCAAUAGAGGAAAUACAUCCAUGUCGGCCAAGUCCAUGUGGACCAAACAGUGAAUGCAGAGAAACUAAUGGGCAUGCUGUGUGCUCAUGUGUGCAAGGCUACAUAGGCACACCACCAUCAUGCAGACCAGAAUGCAAUGUAAAUUCAGACUGUAACUUGAAUGAGGCUUGCAGCAAUCAAAAAUGCAGAAAUCCUUGCAUAGGUGCUUGUGGUGUUGGUGCAAUCUGCAAUGUCAUAAAUCAUUACCCCAAUUGCAAAUGUCCUCCAAAUUAUAUUGGAGAUCCAUUCUCAAGGUGUACACCAAGACCAGAAAGCCCUCCAGAACGACCUCCACAAAAUCCUUGCAUUCCUUCUCCCUGUGGCCCUCAUUCACAAUGUAUUGUUAGAGGAGAAUCUCCAGCUUGCUCAUGUUUGACUGAAUACAUUGGCUCACCACCAAACUGCAGGCCUGAAUGUAUCAGUAACAGUGAAUGUACACCUCAUUUAGCCUGCAUCAACAACAAAUGCAAAGACCCGUGCAUAGGGUCAUGUGGGGAACUUGCAGAAUGUCAUGUCAUCAGUCACACUCCAAGGUGUGCCUGCCCAACAGGAUACACUGGUGAUGCUCUCAUCAGAUGCACUCCAAUCAGCUACUUGCCACCAGCACCUGUGUAUGAAUCACCAUGUGAGCCAUCUCCAUGUGGUCCAAACACCAUAUGUAAAGAACAAAACAGUGCAGGUGCUUGCUAUUGCAUUUCUGAUUACAUUGGAAACCCAUAUGAGGGAUGUCGUCCCGAAUGUGUACUGAACACAGACUGCCCUUCAAACAAAGCCUGCAUCAAUAACAAGUGCCGCGAUCCUUGUCCUGGCAGUUGUGGCUCAAAUGCUAUUUGUCAAGUCAUCUAUCAUGUUCCAAGCUGCACAUGCUUACCUGGAUACACAGGAAAUCCAUUCCAAUACUGCUCAUUGUACAUUAAACCUGAAGCUCCACCACAACCUAGUAACCCAUGUCAACCGUCACCAUGUGGUCCUAACAGCAGAUGCAAAGAGCUCAAUGGACAAGCAAUUUGCUCCUGUUUAGAAUCAUAUUCAGGUACUCCACCAAACUGCAGACCUGAGUGCAUAAGCAGCACAGAAUGUCCAUCAGAUAAAUCCUGUAUUCAACAAAAAUGCAAAGAUCCAUGUCCAAAUACUUGUGGUCAGAAUGCAAAUUGUAUUGUCAGUCACCACAGUCCUAUAUGCUCUUGUAGAUCAGGAUUCACUGGAGAUCCAUUCACUAGAUGUUACCCUAUUCCUCCACCUCAAGCACCUCCAGAACAGAGACCACCUCAAAAUCCUUGCAUACCUUCUCCAUGCGGACCAUAUUCUCAAUGCAGAGAUAUCAGUGGAGUACCUUCAUGCUCUUGCCUAGAAACAUACACUGGUGUCCCACCACACUGUAGACCUGAGUGCACAAUCAACUCUGAAUGUCCCACCAACCAAGCAUGCAUCAAUCAGAAAUGUAGAGAUCCUUGUCCAGGUUCCUGUGGUGUGUAUGCUGAAUGCCAUGUGUAUAACCACAUACCAGUGUGUACAUGUGAGCAAGGUUAUACUGGUGAUGCAUUCACAAGUUGUCAACCAAUACCUAAACCAAUAGUUCAUCCAAUUGAAACAGACCCAUGCGAUCCUUCACCAUGUGGUCCGAAUGCUCAAUGUAGAAAUGGAGUCUGUACAUGUUUGGCUGAAUAUCAAGGAGACCCUUACACAGGCUGCAAACCAGAAUGUGUGAUGAAUAACGAAUGUCCAAAUCAUCUUGCAUGCAUCAGAAAUAAAUGCAAAGAUCCAUGUCCUGGAACAUGUGGCCAAGAUGCAAUCUGCAGUGUCUAUAGUCACAUACCAAUUUGCAGUUGUCCUGUUGGAAUGUCUGGGGAUGCAUUUGUGCAAUGCAGACCAUUUGAAGCUCCUGUUGAAGUUCAUCCUUGUCAACCCUCACCAUGCGGUCCAAAUAGUCAAUGCAGAGAGUAUAAUGGUCAAGCAGUGUGCUCUUGCCUAACUGGAUACAUUGGUAGCCCUCCAACAUGUCAUCCAGAAUGCAUAGUAGAUUCUGACUGCAACAUGAAUGAAGCAUGUUCAAAUCAAAAAUGUAGAAAUCCAUGCAUAGGAGUUUGUGGUAUUGGAGCAAGAUGCAAUGUAAUCAAUCACAGACCUAUCUGUACCUGUUCCCCAGGGUUGACUGGUGAUCCAUUCACAAGAUGCCAUGAAAUACCUCAACUCCCUCCAGAACCAGUGAACCCAUGUGUCCCAUCACCAUGUGGGCCAAAUGCUCAAUGCCAAGUUAAAGGAGAUGUUCCAUCAUGUUCCUGCCUGCCUAGUUACAUUGGAUCACCUCCCAACUGCCACCCUGAAUGCAUCAGUAACAGUGAAUGUCCUAGCCAUUUGGCAUGUAUGAACCAGAAAUGCAAAGAUCCUUGCCCAGGAGCUUGCGCUCCAAAUGCUGUAUGUUCAGUUGUUAGCCACACACCUACUUGUAAUUGCCAAAUAGGAUACACUGGAAAUCCAUUUUCAUACUGCUCAGUGCAAGAAUCCCCACCAGUGGAAGUAUCUACUCCUUGUACACCCUCUCCUUGUGGUGCAAAUGCUGUGUGCAGAGAACAAAAUGGCGCAGGGUCUUGCACAUGCUUACCAGAGUAUUAUGGCAAUCCUUAUGAAGGUUGUAGGCCAGAAUGUAUUGUGAACACAGAUUGUGCAUCCAAUAAAGCCUGCACAAACAAUAAAUGUAGGGAUCCAUGUCCUGGUACCUGUGGUCAGAAUGCAGUUUGUCAAGUUGUAUCACACAAUCCAUCCUGUACUUGCAUUCCUGGAUACACAGGAGACCCAUUCAGAUACUGCACACCAGUUCCAAUCCAACAAGAUACCACACCAAGACCAAUUAAUGUAUGCCAGCCAUCGCCAUGCGGACCUAAUAGUCAGUGCCGUGAAAUAAAUGGUCAAGCAGUUUGCUCUUGCUCACCAGAAUACCAAGGCAGUCCACCCAACUGCAGACCUGAGUGUGUAGUAAGCUCAGAGUGUUCUACAAACAAAGCAUGUACCAAUCACAAAUGUGUUGAUCCUUGCCCCGGACCUUGUGGGCUGAACACAAAAUGUCAAACCAUACAUCAUAGUCCAAUAUGUACUUGUGGACCUGGCUAUACUGGUGAUCCCUUCUCAAGGUGUUAUCCAAUACCAGCACCAGUAAUUCCACAAGCUAUUGAACCAACACGUAACCCAUGCAUACCUUCUCCUUGUGGUCCUAAUUCACAAUGCCGAGAUAUUGGAGGCAUCCCAUCAUGUUCUUGCUCACCCAAUUACUUGGGAUCACCACCACAAUGUAAACCAGAAUGUGUUAUCAACUCAGAAUGCAGCAGCAAUUUGGCUUGCAUAAACCAGAAAUGCAAAGAUCCAUGUCCAGGAUCUUGUGGCUUCAACACAAUUUGCAAUGUACACAACCAUAUCCCCACAUGUAACUGUGAAGAAGGAUACAUUGGUGAUCCAUUCACUAGCUGCAGUCCAAAACCACCACCACCACCAGAACCAGUAGCAACAGAUCCAUGUGAUCCUUCACCUUGUGGUCCCAACACUCACUGUAAUGAUGGUGUAUGCACUUGUAUUGCUGAAUACCAAGGUGAUCCCUAUCAUGGAUGCCGUCCUGAAUGUACAAUGAACAAUGAAUGUCCACCACAAUUGGCAUGUAUAAGAAAUAAAUGCAAAGAUCCAUGCAUUGGGCUUUGUGGUCAGGCUGCCAUUUGUCAAGUGUUCAAUCACAUACCAUCAUGCAGCUGCCCAGCUGGAAUGAAUGGAAAUGCAUUUAUUCAAUGCCAACCAUAUGCAAUUGAACAUAAGAAUCCUUGCAGCCCAUCACCAUGUGGACCUAAUAGUAGAUGUCGCGAGUAUAAUGGUCAGGCUGUUUGUUCAUGCAUUGAAGGCUACAUUGGAUCACCACCCACUUGUAGACCUGAAUGCACUGUCAGUUCAGACUGCCCAUUGAAUGAAGCUUGCUAUAAUCAGAAAUGUCGGGAUCCUUGUCCUGGGACUUGUGGUUUGAAUGCCAGAUGUCAGGUCAUCAACCACAAUCCAAUUUGUAGUUGUACAAAUGGAUAUACUGGUGAUGCAUUCAUCAGAUGUACACCUAUACCUGCUGCUCCAAUAGAAGUUGUUAACCAAAACCCUUGUGUCCCAUCACCUUGUGGACCAAACGCAAUUUGUCAAGUGAAAGGUGAAAUACCAUCAUGCUCCUGUUUACCAGACUUCAUUGGGUCCCCACCAAAUUGCCAUCCAGAAUGUGUGGUCAAUGAUGACUGCUCAAGCAACUUGGCAUGUAUCAACAGAAAAUGUAGAAAUCCAUGUCCUGGGUCAUGUGCUUCAAAUGCCAUAUGCACUGUGGUCAGUCACACACCAAGAUGUUCUUGUCCUCCAGGGUAUUCUGGAAAUCCUGCAUUCCAAUGUAUUCUCAUGGAAGAAACCAGACCUCCAGAACCAGUAACGCCAUGCAUACCUUCACCUUGUGGAGUAAAUGCCAUUUGCAGAGAACAAAAUGGUGCCGGAGCAUGUACUUGCUUGCCAGAAUACUAUGGAAACCCUUAUGAAGGAUGCAGGCCAGAAUGUCUAGUAAAUUCAGAUUGUGUGUCAAACAAGGCUUGCAUGAAUAAUAAGUGUAGAGAUCCAUGCCCUGGCACAUGUGGUCCAAAUGCUGAAUGCCACACAGUAUCUCAUAUUCCAAGUUGUAACUGCUUCAUUGGAUAUACUGGUGAUCCAUUCAAAUACUGUUCACCCAUACCACAACAAAUAGAAAUUCAAAAACCUAGCAACCCUUGCCAGCCUUCUCCAUGUGGUCCAAAUAGCCAAUGUAAGGAGAUUAAUGAUCAAGCUGUAUGUUCAUGUUCACCUACAUACAUUGGCAGUCCACCAAAUUGUCGACCUGAAUGUGUUGUAAAUUCUGAAUGUGCACAAGAUCGUGCAUGUGUCCAUCAGAAAUGCACCAAUCCUUGCAUCAAUGCAUGCGGUCAUAAUACACAAUGUCAAGUUAUUCAUCACAGCCCAAUUUGUUCAUGUAAAUCAGGAUACACAGGAGAUCCUUUCUCAAACUGUUACCCAAUACCAGUGAAACCAGAAGCACCAAUAGAGCAAGUAAAUCCCUGUAUACCAUCACCCUGUGGUCCAUUUUCACAAUGCAGAAAUAUUGGCGGAUAUCCAUCCUGCUCUUGCUUGGAAACCUAUGUAGGAAUACCUCCAAAUUGCAGACCUGAAUGUGUUAUAAACUCAGAUUGCUCCAGUGUGACAGCAUGCAUAAAUGAAAAAUGUCGUGACCCAUGCCCUGGAUCAUGUGGUUUACAUUCAAUUUGUCACAUCUACAAUCAUAUUCCAACAUGUACUUGUGAAGAAGGCUAUAUAGGCGAUCCAUUUGUAAACUGCUACCCAAAACCACCUGAGCCACUACCACCUGUUGCACAAGAUCCUUGUAAUCCAUCACCAUGCGGACCUAAUGCACAAUGUAGAGAUGGCAUAUGCACAUGCAAUUCUGAAUAUCAGGGUAAUCCUUAUGAGGGUUGUCGCCCUGAAUGUGUGAUGAACAAUGAAUGUCCAAACCAAUUGGCCUGUAUCAGGAAUAAAUGCAAAGACCCAUGUCCUGGAACUUGUGGUCAAGAUGCCAUUUGUAAUGUUUACAAUCACAUACCAAUUUGCAACUGCCCUGCAGGAAUGACUGGCGAUGCUUUCAUCCAAUGUAGACCAUAUGAAGCACCAAUAGAGGUACACCCAUGCCACCCCUCACCAUGUGGUCCCAACAGUCAAUGUAGAGAAUACAAUGGUCAAGCUGUUUGUUCAUGCAUUGCUGGAUACCUAGGAACACCUCCAGCAUGCAGACCUGAAUGCACUGUGAACUCUGACUGCAACUCAAAUGAAGCUUGUUCUAAUCAAAAAUGCAGAGAUCCCUGUCCAGGCACUUGUGGCAUAGGUGCCAGAUGCAAUGUGAUCAACCAUAAUCCCAUUUGUAGUUGCCCACCAGGAUAUACUGGAGAUCCCUUCAGCAGAUGUCAAUUUUUGCCACCACCACAAGCAGUUCAACCACAAAACCCAUGCAUUCCCUCUCCAUGUGGUCCAAAUGCUCAAUGUAUUGUCAGAGGAGAAACGCCAUCUUGUUCUUGCCUAUCAGAGUAUAUUGGCACACCCCCAAACUGCAGACCAGAAUGUGUAUCAAAUAGUGAAUGUCCUGGAAACAAGGCUUGUAUCAAUAACAAAUGUGGAAACCCUUGCAUAAAUGCCUGCUCCCCAGAUGCUGAAUGUCAUGUCAUUUCACAUGCACCUAGAUGUUCAUGUCCAGCAGGCUACACUGGAAAUCCACUAGUUCAAUGCACUCCAUAUGUUGAACAAAAACCAGUUGAAAAUCUGUCACCAUGCAUACCCAGUCCAUGUGGCAGUAAUGCAAUAUGUAAAGAACAAAACGGUGCUGGAUCAUGCACAUGCAUACCAGAGUAUUUUGGUAAUCCAUAUGAAGGAUGCCGACCUGAAUGCAUAGUUAGCACAGAUUGUUCUCCUACAAAAGCAUGUCUAAAUAACAAAUGCAUCGACCCAUGCCCUGGAACAUGUGGAUCAAAUGCAAUUUGUCAAGUGGUAUCACACACAGCAAUGUGCACUUGUUUACCUUCAUACACUGGAGAUCCAUUUAGAUACUGCUCACCUAUACCCACACCACCAGAAGCACCAAUAUCAACACAUCCUUGUUAUCCAUCACCAUGUGGACCAAAUAGUCAAUGUAAAGAGAUAAAUGAUCAAGCAGUUUGUUCAUGUUUACCUACAUAUGUUGGAAAUCCACCAUCUUGUCGACCUGAGUGUGUCAGUAGUUCAGAAUGUCCAUCAAACAAAGCAUGUAUUCAACAAAAAUGUGCAGAUCCUUGUCCUGGUUCAUGUGGUCAAAAUACAAAUUGUCAAGUUGCACAUCACAGCCCAAUUUGCACAUGUAAAAGUGGUUAUACAGGAGAUCCUUUCUCAAGAUGUUACCCAAUACCACCACUGCCAGAAGCACCACCUGAACCUGUUCAUGUUAAUCCCUGUAUUCCAUCUCCUUGUGGUCCAUAUUCCCAGUGCAGAAAUGUUAAUAACUUACCAUCAUGUUCCUGCUUACCAACAUAUAUUGGACAGCCACCCAACUGCCAUCCAGAAUGUACCAUCAAUGCUGAAUGUCAAAGUGCACUUGCUUGCAUUAAACAAAAAUGUCAAGAUCCUUGCCCAGGAUCAUGUGGCCUAUAUGCUGAAUGUCAUGUCAACUCCCAUAUUCCCAUUUGUACAUGUCCAGAAGGAUAUACUGGAGACCCAUUCUCACAAUGCACUCCCAAACCACCUGAAAUCCCUCCUCCUGCUGCUGAUCCUUGCAAUCCAUCACCUUGUGGAGCUAAUGCUCAAUGCCAUGAUGGCAUCUGCACAUGCAUGCCAGAAUAUCAAGGCGAUCCAUACCAAGGCUGCCGACCAGAGUGUGUAAUAAAUAGUGAAUGUCCAUCCCACUUGGCUUGCAUUCACAACAAGUGUAAAAAUCCAUGCCAAGACACAUGUGGCAUAGAUGCUGAAUGCAACGUUUACAAUCAUAUACCAAUUUGUAGUUGCCCAAGUGGAAAAACAGGCAGUCCAUUCAUACAAUGUAGACCAGUACCAGUUCCUACUGAAACCCACCCCUGUCAACCAUCACCAUGUGGCCCAAACAGUCAAUGUAAGGAACUAAAUGGACAAGCAGUGUGCUCUUGCAUACAAGGUUAUAUUGGAUCCCCACCAUCUUGCAGACCUGAGUGCAUAGUUAAUUCUGAUUGCAAGUUAACUGAAGCUUGUAGCAAUCAGAAAUGCCGAGAUCCUUGUCCUGGAACAUGCGGCAUUGGUGCCAAAUGUCAAGUUAUCAACCAUAAUCCAAUUUGUAGUUGUCUUCCUGGCUACACUGGUGAUCCAUUCACAAGAUGCCAAUAUAUUCCCGCAGCACCCCCACCAGAACAUGUUAAUCCAUGUGUACCCUCACCAUGUGGACCUAAUGCUCAAUGUCAAGUAAAAGGAGAUGUACCAUCUUGUUCAUGCUACCCAACUUACAUUGGCUCCCCACCACACUGCUACCCAGAAUGUGUGAGCAACAGUGAAUGCCCCAGUCACUUGGCAUGCAUAAAUCAAAAAUGUAAAGAUCCCUGCCCUGGUGCAUGUGCACCCAAUGCAGAAUGUCAUGUUAUUAGUCACACACCAAUGUGUAACUGCCAUCCUGGAUACACAGGAAAUCCAAUGAUCAGCUGUUCAGUGCUAGAAAGCCCACAACCUCUGGAACACACAUCACCUUGCAUCCCAUCACCUUGUGGAUCUAAUGCAGUUUGCAGGGAGCAAAAUGGUGCAGGAUCCUGCACUUGUGUAGCUGAGUACAUUGGUAAUCCAUAUGAAGGAUGUCGACCAGAAUGUGUUGUCAACACUGAUUGCUCUUCGAAUAAAGCCUGCAUUAGAAACAAAUGUGGAGAUCCAUGUCCUGGAACCUGUGGAGUCAAUGCUGAAUGUCAAGUCAUUUCUCAUUCACCUUUAUGCACAUGUUGGCAAGGAUAUACUGGAGAUCCAUUCAGAUAUUGCAGCCCAAUCCCAGUUCAACCAGAUCCUGUUCAACCUGUGAACCCAUGCCACCCUUCACCAUGUGGACCAAACAGUCAAUGCAAGGAAUUCAAUGGUCAAGCAAUAUGCUCAUGUAAACCAACUUAUGUAGGAAGUCCCCCUAAUUGUAGGCCAGAAUGUGUAGUCAAUGCGGAAUGCUCUUACAACCAAGCUUGUGUGAACUAUAAAUGUGUCGACCCAUGUCCUGGAACUUGUGGAGUAAAUGCUGAGUGCAGAGUAAUUCAACACAACCCAAUUUGCUCUUGCAGACCAUCAUUCACUGGUGAUCCAUUUGUCAGAUGUAUUCCUGAACCAAAACCAUUGCCAGAAGCACCACCUGCACCACUCAAUCCAUGUGUACCAAACCCAUGUGGUAUCUAUGCUGUGUGCCAAGAUCAUAAUGGAAUACCAUCAUGCACAUGUUUGCCAGAGUACAUCGGAUCCCCACCAAAUUGCCAUCCUGAAUGUGUUGUGAAUUCUGAUUGUUCUGGAAACCUCGCAUGCAUAAAACAAAAAUGUAAGGAUCCAUGUAUUGGCUCAUGUGGUUUUAAUACACAUUGCGCAGUCAACAACCACAUCCCUAUCUGCACUUGCAUCGAUGGUUACACUGGAGAUGCUUUCACAAACUGUUACCCUAUUCCACCUCCACCAAAACCAAUAGAAACUGAUCCAUGCCAUCCAUCACCUUGUGGAACGAAUGCACAAUGCUCCAAUGGUGUAUGCACUUGUUUACCAGAAUAUCAUGGUGAUCCCUAUUUUGGAUGUCGACCAGAAUGCGUUAUUAAUCAAGAAUGCCCUCCUGACAAAGCUUGUUUGAAAUAUAAAUGUACCAAUCCAUGCACUGGAAUAUGUGGACAGAAUGCACUUUGCGAAGUGACCAAUCAUAUUCCAGUGUGUAUUUGCCCACCAGGAAUGACUGGAAGUCCAUUCAUUGCUUGUCAACCAUAUCAUGAACCUGUCGAAGUACAUCCAUGCAACCCAUCACCUUGUGGACCAAACAGUCAAUGUAGAGAGUACAAUAACCAAGCAGUAUGCUCAUGUAUCUUAGGAUACAUUGGAAGUCCACCAAUGUGCAAACCAGAAUGUGUGGUUAACUCAGACUGUAACUUGAAUGAGGCAUGCAGUAAUCAAAAAUGCAAAGAUCCAUGCCCAGGUACAUGUGGUAUACAAGCAGUUUGUCAUGUAAGAAACCAUAAUCCAAUUUGUAGCUGCAAACCAGGCUACACUGGCGAUCCAUUUACUCGUUGUCAAGUCAUAAUUGAAAGCCCACCUCCACAACCAAGCAAUCCAUGCAUACCUUCACCUUGUGGGCCCUAUUCACAGUGCAUUGUGAAAGGAGAAAUACCAUCAUGCUCCUGUUUACAAGAUUAUAUUGGAUCACCACCACACUGCAGGCCAGAGUGUGUCAGUAAUGGCGAAUGUUCAGAUAACUUGGCUUGUAUAAAUCAAAAAUGUAAAAAUCCAUGCCCAGGAGCUUGUGCUCCCAAUGCUGAAUGUAGAGUAAUAAGCCAUACGCCAAGAUGUAAUUGUAUUUCUGGAUACACUGGAAAUCCAACUAUUCAAUGUGAUAUCAUAAUUGAACAUAGACCCGAGGCACCACCAACACCUUGCACACCCUCGCCAUGUGGAGCAAACGCAAUUUGCCGCGAGCAAAAUGGUGCUGGGUCAUGUACCUGUCAAGCAGAAUAUUAUGGCAAUCCUUAUGAAGGAUGCCGGCCAGAAUGUGUUGUCAACAGUGACUGUCCAUCCCAUAGAGCAUGUGUUAAUAAUAAAUGCCAAGACCCAUGCCCAGGAACAUGUGGAGCAAAUGCUGAGUGUAAUGUUGUAUCACAUGUACCAAUAUGUACAUGCUGGCCUAGUUACACAGGAAAUCCACAGGCAUAUUGUGCUCCAAUAAGAGAAGAUAAGCCACCAGUACCAACCAAUCCAUGCCAACCAAGUCCAUGUGGUCCAAACAGCCAAUGCAAAGAAAUCAAUGGUCAGGCAAUAUGCUCAUGCAUACCACAAUACUUUGGAAGCCCACCAAGCUGUCGACCAGAAUGUGUGGUCAAUGCAGAAUGUCAGUCUCACUUGAGCUGCAUAAAACAGAAAUGUGAAAAUCCAUGUAUUGGAAUGUGUGGACAAAAUGCUGAAUGUCGAGUGGUGAAUCACAGUCCUAUAUGUUCUUGUAGAAUACGCUAUACCGGAAAUCCAUUUGUGGCAUGUAGUCCCAUUCCAGAAGCACCACCACCACCUCCGGAAAUACCUAGAGAUCCAUGUGUACCUUCACCUUGUGGGCCAUUUUCAACAUGUAGAGAUGUCUAUGGGUCCGCUGUAUGUUCAUGCAUACCAGAAUAUACAGGCUCACCACCUAACUGUCACCCAGAAUGCAUAAAUAGCUAUGAAUGUCCCAGCAAUAAAGCUUGUAUCAAGGAGAAAUGCAGGGAUCCGUGUCCUGGAUCUUGUGGGGCAGGUGCAAUAUGCAAUGUGCAUGAUCACAUACCAGUAUGCACAUGUCCACCUGGAUACACUGGAGAUCCAUUUACAUACUGCAGUCCAGCUCCACCACCUCCUCCUGCCCCAGUAGAGCAGGAUCCAUGCUCUCCAAAUCCUUGUGGGCCAAACGCCAACUGCAAAGAUGGUAUAUGCACCUGCAUACCAGAGUAUCAUGGCGAUCCAUUCGUUGGUUGCAGACCUCAAUGUACAUUAAAUGAUGAAUGUGCAUCAAACAAAGCAUGUGUCAGGUAUAAAUGUGUUGAUCCUUGCCCUGGCUCUUGUGGCACAGGCGCCAUAUGCAACGUGUACAACCAUGUUCCAGUUUGCACUUGUCCACAAGGCAUGACUGGAAAUCCUUUCUCCUACUGUCGGCCUUAUGAAGAACCACCAAAAACCAAUCCAUGUGUACCAUCACCAUGUGGUCCAAACAGUCACUGCAGAGAACAUAAUUCACAAGCAAUCUGCUCAUGUCAACCUUCUUUUGUUGGUUCUCCUCCUCAAUGUCGUCCUGAAUGUAUCACCAAUUCAGAAUGUCCUCAAAAUGAAGCUUGCAUCAAUCAACAUUGUCAAGAUCCCUGUCCAGGAACCUGUGGUCUGUGGGCACGUUGUGUGGUCAAUCACCACAGCCCCAUCUGCUCAUGUCCCCCAUCAUACACAGGAAAUCCAUUUAUAAGAUGUGAUCGUAUACCAGUUGAAUCAGCACCUCCUACACCCCCAGUCAACCCCUGCAUACCUUCACCAUGUGGAGUUUAUGCAGAAUGUAGGGUGCAGAAUGAACAAGCAGUCUGCACUUGUUUACAAGGUUAUGGAGGAAAACCACCGCACUGCAGACCAGAAUGUAUCAGUAACACUGAAUGUGCAAGUCACUUGGCUUGUAUCAAUAUGAAAUGUAAAGAUCCUUGUAUAGGUUCAUGUGGUGAACACUCUGUUUGCCAUGUAACUAAUCAUAUUCCCAACUGCUACUGUGAUACUGGGUUCACUGGUAAUCCAUUCACACUAUGUUCUCCUAUCCAACAACAACCUCCAACACCAAUUGCACCUGUUGAUCCAUGUUAUCCAUCUCCUUGCGGACCAAAUGCAAGAUGCCGCACAGAAAAUGGAUUUGCCAUAUGCGAAUGUUUACCAGAAUACCAGGGUAAUCCAUAUGAAAACUGCAGGCCAGAAUGUUUGAUCAGUUCAGAUUGUGCAAUGAACAAGGCUUGCAUAAGAAAUAAAUGCCAAGACCCAUGCCCUGGCACAUGUGGAUUAUCAGCCAUUUGCUCAGUUUCUAAUCACAUACCAAUUUGUUAUUGCCCAGAAGGCACUACUGGAGAUGCAUUUAGAAUCUGUGAGCCUAUUCCAAGAGUUCCUAUAGUACCAUCAAAUCCAUGCUAUCCAUCUCCCUGUGGACCCAACACCAAUUGCAGAGUUUCCAAUAAUGUUGCUGUAUGUGAAUGCAUUCCUGGAUUUGAAGGAUCGCCUACUUCAAGUGGCUGUCAUCCUGAAUGUGUCAUUAAUGCAGACUGCCCAAGAAACAGAGCUUGUAUAAACAACAAGUGUGUUGAUCCUUGCCCAGGAGUGUGUGGCUACAAAGCAGUAUGCCAAACACUAAAUCAUAGCCCAGUUUGCUCAUGUCCUCCUCCAUUAGUUGGCGAUCCAUUCAGUGAAUGUAAAGAGGCACCAGCUGCCCCAGUAGAUCCAUGCAAUCCUUCUCCAUGCGGCCGCAAUGGUCAAUGUAGAGUAGUUGGAGGAGUUGCAUCAUGCACAUAUCCUGAAUGUAUCAUCAAUCAAGACUGUCCCAGAGACAAAGCUUGCUUUGGACAAAAAUGCAAAGACCCUUGUGUAGGUGCUUGCGGCAUAAACGCCAUAUGCCAAGUAGUAAAUCAUGACGCCGCUUGCUCUUGCCCACCUGGAUACUAUGGUGAGCCAAGAUUACAAUGCCGACAAGAAACUGCACCAGAACCAAAACCAGAAUGCGUCAGCAAUAGUGAAUGUUCAAAUAAUAAGGCUUGCAUCAAUCAUGCUUGCCGAGAUCCGUGUGCUGAAAGCGCAAAUGUAUGUGCUGUCAAUGCAGAAUGUAGAGUACAACAACACAGGCCAUAUUGUUUCUGCAGAGAUGGGCUUACAGGAAACCCUCAAAGUUACUGUUAUGAAAUUGGCUGCCGCUCGGACAUAGAUUGUCUUCCCACUCAAGCAUGUGUCAAUAGAGAAUGUACAGAUCCUUGCGCAUACACCCAAUGUGGCGUCAAUGCAUUAUGUCGUGUCGAUAACAAUCACAAAGGCCGGUGCCACUGUCCGGAAACAUAUUUCGGAAAUCCUCUAGUCAGUUGCGAACGACCUCAAUGCACUUCUGAUCCUGACUGCCCAGGUGAUCUGGCCUGUAUCAAUCAAAAAUGCCAGAAUCCGUGUAACUGCGCUCCUUCGGCACUUUGCACAGUUGUUGGUCACAAACCCAACUGCAGAUGUCCACCAGGGUACACUGGAAACCCUUACACAUCUUGUACUAUAGCUCCCAUAGAAACGCCAGUAGAAUGUAAAAUGGACGCCGAUUGUUCCAGUAAAUUGGCAUGUUUCAGUGGCAUGUGCAAAAAUCCAUGUCUUGAAACAAAACCUUGCGGAGCUAAUGCUGAAUGUUCUGUUGUGGACACCCUACCACUCAGAACAAUGACAUGUUUAUGUUUACCUGGUUAUGUUGGAGAUGCUGAUGUGCAAUGUAGGAAAGAUCAACAAAGACUUCCUGGCUGUGAAAGUAACGACGAAUGUCCAUUAUCGGAUAUCUGUAUCAAUAGGCAAUGCAACAACCCAUGCACAAUUCGCAAUCCAUGUGCUCCUAAUGCAAACUGUUUGGCUAACAACCACAAAGCAACAUGUAGAUGUCCUGAAGGACUUGUAGGAGAUCCUUUCACCAACUGCUACAAAGUGCCUCCAGCAUUACCAGAGUGUACAACCGACUCGGAUUGUCCAAGCACCAGAGCGUGCAUAAAUGAAAAAUGUCAAGAACCAUGCGCAAUUUCCAAUCCUUGUGGUAUUUUUGCCGAAUGUAAUACACUUCAACAUCGUCCUGUGUGCAACUGCCCUGAUGGUUGGGCUGGUAAUCCACAAGUUCACUGUUACAAACCUGAAUGUAAAUCAGACAGCGACUGUCUGUAUGAUAAAGCAUGCCGAAACAACAACUGCGUUAGCCCUUGCGCUUCAAUAUCUUGCGGCAUUGCUGCCCAAUGUACGGUGCAAGCUCAUGUACCACAAUGUGUUUGCCCAACUGGUACUCAAGGAAAUCCAUUGCUGUCUUGUGUUUCUGUGGGUUGUCAGUACAAUGAAGAUUGUGCUGAUCACGAGGCAUGUGACAGACUGAAUCGUAAAUGCAGACCAGUUUGCGAGUCGGAUACUUGCGCAGUAAAUGCAAUCUGCACUGCUAAAAACCAUCAACCCAUAUGCAACUGUUUACCCAAUACUCAGGGAAAUCCAUACGUUGAAUGCAGUGGCUCGAGACAGACACCGCAGUGUGAAAAAGACUCGGAAUGUCCAUCCAAACUCACUUGCAUUGAUCACAAAUGCCAAGACCCUUGUCGACAAGCAGGUCGAUGCUCACCAGAUAAAGAAUGCAUUGUUCAGGAUACAUAUCCAGUACGAACUGUCAUGUGUGUAUGCCCACCUGAUACAAUUUCUAGCAAUGAUGGUCACUGCAAAGCAAUAGUACCAAUCGAGUGUAAAGCUGAUUCAGAGUGUAAUAAUAUCGAACGAUGUGUCAGAGGCAGCUGCAUAGAGGCUUGCAGAAUCGAUCCUUGCGGUCGAAAUGCAAUCUGUAAUGCAAAUAAUCACUACUCCGUAUGUUCUUGUCCGCCUCAUUAUGUUGGAAACCCACAUGUGGAAUGUACCAGUGUUCCAACCGUUCCAAUACCAUCACCAAUCCCAGAAUGUACAAGGGAUGACGACUGCCCAUUCAAUUUGGGUUGCAAUAAUCAACGUUGUGUCAGUCCUUGCUCAUUGGAUGGUGCUUGUGGACGAGGUUCAUUCUGUCACGUGCAGAAUCAUGAACCAGUAUGUCGCUGUCCACCAGGUUACACUGGAAAUCCAUCAACUGAAUGUAUACCACCAACUGAAACUCAAAUAAUUGGAUGUGUAUCCAACUCCGAAUGUAGUCCUGAAGAAUCUUGUAUCAAUAAGCUGUGUGUAAAUCCAUGUAACUGUGGACCAAAUGCAGACUGUAGAGUGAUAGGUCACUAUCCAAUGUGCUAUUGUAAACCAGGCUACUCGGGUAAUCCUCAGUAUGGCUGCGUGAAAGUCGGAUGCGAAUCGGAUGAUCAAUGUAGUUACGACAAAGUUUGCUACAACGGAGACUGCGUAAAUCCAUGUUUGAUCCACGACCCAUGUGCCAUAACAGCACAAUGUUAUGGUGACAAUCACCGCACCGCUUGCAAAUGUCCACCAGGCUACAAAGGUGAUCCAUUCGUCAAAUGUGAACCAGUCGAAUGCCACAUCGAUGCCGACUGUCCACAAGAUCGUAUGUGUGUUGAGCAGCAAUGCAUCAACCCUUGCACUGACACCAGGAAUCCACCUUGCGCUCCGAACGCCAUCUGUUACGUGAGAAAUCACGCGACAGGAUGUCGUUGUCCGGACUAUUUACCGAUUGGAAACCCGCUCGCAUAUUGCGAACGAGCUCCACCACCCACACCAGCUGAACCAGAAUGUAGAACCGAUGCUAACUGUCCAUCGAAACUCGCUUGUAUCAGAGAACACUGUGUUAAUCCAUGCGUUGCUUUGACACCAUGUACGAGCACAGCUAAAUGCAGUGUCUUAGACAGUGUGCCAGUCAGAACACUCACAUGCACUUGCCCAGAUGGAUGGAUACCGAAUAAAGAAGGCGAAUGUAAACCAGUUGUAGUCAGUAAAACACCAGGUUGCGAUUCCAACGACGAUUGCCCCAGCAAUGAAACUUGUAUCAACAGAGUUUGCAGAAAUCCAUGCAAUUGUGGAUUAAAUUCACAGUGCUUCGUUCAAAACCAUCGACCAAUUUGCUCUUGCAAAGAUGGCUACGAAGGAAAUCCAAAUACGGUCUGUAAACUGAUUGGCUGUCGUCGUGACUCGGAGUGUGAAUCUGGACGAGCUUGCAUCAAUGGAAACUGCAUAAACCCUUGCAUAAUCAAAGACCCAUGUGGGCCAAACGCCGAAUGCUACGUGAUCGGCAGCGCUCCACAAUGCAGAUGCUUAAGCGGCUUCAGAGGAAACCCAUACGAACGUUGUAACGUAGUUGGCUGCCGCAGUAAUAACGAUUGUCCCGAGGACAGAUCUUGUAUCAAUGGCCAAUGUAUCAAUCCAUGCGCUUACGAACAUCCAUGCUCUCCACAAGCCCAAUGCCAAGUCAAAAAUCACAUCGCUUUGUGUCGUUGCCCACCUGGUAUGAUUGGCAACCCAUACACGUAUUGCCAAGAGGAAGAAAGACCCGAAUGUAGAGAAGAUGCCGACUGUCCAGCAUUACUGGCUUGCUUCAACAAGAGAUGCCAGAAUCCAUGCGCAGUUUUAGAACCAUGCCAAAGACCAUCGCAAUGCGAAGUCGUCAAUACUUUACCAAUGAGGACGAUGAUAUGCGUUUGUCCUAGCGGAUACAUCAGCAGUGGAAGUGGAACUUGCAAGACUAUACCAGCGAUCACUGAUGUGGCUUGUACAGCAGACAGUCAAUGCCCGAGUGAUCGUGCUUGCAUCAAUGGAAUCUGUAUUAAUCCGUGUGACUGCGGACCAAAUGCAGAAUGUCAUAUCAAAAACCACAAACCCGUGUGCUCUUGUAUUCCUGGCUACGAAGGAAAUCCAAAUCUCGAAUGUGUGGCUGCUGGCUGUAAGAGCGAUAGUGACUGCUCUGGACAACACAUGUGCCGAAACCACGCCUGUGUACCAGCCUGCGCCCCAGAUGGCACUUCUUGUGGCACAAGCGCAAAUUGCUACGGCAUACAACAUCGUGCAGUUUGUGAAUGUCCACCAGGUUUAGUCGGCAAUCCACAAGUGGCCUGUUCUUUGGUCACUUGUAAAUCAGACAGCGAUUGCCCGAGUGAUAGAUCAUGUAUCAACAAGAAGUGUGUCAAUCCAUGCGCUCAAAGCAAAGAAUGUGUCGAACCAGCCAUCUGUGUGCCUCUUAAUCAUAAAGCAGAUUGCGCUUGCCCACCUGGAUACCUAGGUUCUGUGGCUACUGGCUGUGAAUUACCGAAAUCAGGCUGUCGUUCAGAUUCCGAGUGUCCAUCUCAGCAAGCUUGUAUCAACGACAGAUGUAUCAAUCCUUGCGCAGAAUCUCAACCUUGUGGUACAAACGCCAUUUGCACCACUUUCGAUACAGUUCCUGUGAAAACCAUGAUUUGUGAAUGUCCACCAGGGUACGAGGGCAAUGCUGUGAUAGCCUGCGCUGAAAUACCAAAAUGUCCAGUUGAGAAAGGAUUCAUUCGCGACGAACACGGUAACUGUGUUUGCCCACCUGGUACUGCUUUGAAUGCAUACGAAGAGUGUCGCCAUUGCGUACCCGAGCUCGGUUAUAAGAUCGACGAAUCGGGGCACUGUGUGUGCGCUUUGGAACGUGGUCUCAUUGUCAAUAGUCGAGGCGAAUGUGUUUGUCCACCAGAGCAUGGUUACGAACUCGAUUACUUUGGCAACUGUAUACCAAAACGACCUCCAGGCUGUGAUAGCAACGAUGACUGCCCAGAUCAUCUGUACUGUAUUAAUCGAAGAUGUGAAAACCCUUGCGAAGGCCAAAUCUGUGGCAAGAACGCAUACUGUAAUGCUACAGACCAUCAAGCCAUUUGCACGUGCCCACCAAACCAUCAUGGCAAUCCUGAAGUUGAAUGCGUUCCUACAGCACGAAAGGACGAGUUCCCCAAACCAGAAAUGGUUGUCAGUUGUUUAUCAGACGGUGUCCAGGUCCGAAUGGAACUGACUGAUGCUGGUUUCAAUGGCGUCUUGUACGUCAAAGGACACAGCAAAGAAGAAGAAUGCAGAAGAUUGAUUUCAGUUCCUACAACCAGUCCAUCGAGGACAGAAAUAUUCAAAGUACUGUUCGGAUCUUGUGGACUAAUUCACGUCAAUGGCCAAGCCAGUUUCGUGUUAGUCAUACAAAAGCAUCCAAAAUUAGUCACUUACAAAGCUCAAGCAUAUCACAUAAAAUGUGUCUAUGCCACUACCGAACAAAACGUCACUAUUGGUUUCAAUGUAUCCAUGCUAACGACAGCUGGUACCAUUGCCAAUACAGGACCACCACCGACUUGUAUGAUGAAAAUAGUCACAUCAUCUGGCCAAGAGAUCAGCUCAGCAGAGAUUGGAGAGAAUCUCAUGUUACAAGUUGACGUGCAUCCGACAAGUAUUUAUGGAGGUUUUGCCAGAAGUUGUGUGGCCAAGACCUUAGAUAAUAAUGUCGAGAACGAAUACAUCGUUACCGACGAGAAUGGUUGUGCUACAGACCCUAAUAUUUUCAAAGAAUGGGAGUACAACCCAGAAACCCAAUCAUUGACUGCCGAAUUCAACGCCUUCAAGUUCCCAAGUUCCGAUAACAUCAGAUUCCAGUGCAAUAUCAGAGUUUGUUUCGGACGAUGUCAACCAGUAAACUGCCGAGGCUUCGAUGCCUUCGGAAGACGUAGAAAGAGAGAAAUAUCAAACGGAACCGAUAUCGAUGUCCUCCACGAGGGUCAAUUACGAGAAGAAAUCACAAUCGAAUCGAACGCCAUAUUCACUGUCGAAAGACGCGAAGAAAGACUUGUUAAUCCUACCGAAGAACCACAAACCGCCCCAUCAAACGAUAUUUGCAUUUCUAUCAUCGGACUAAUAGUAGCAUUAAUAAUAACUGCUCUGUUAGCCCUGGUAGCAGUUGCGGUGAGUGUAUCAUGUUGGCUAAUGGCGUACAGAAGACAACCAUCAAUGUCUGGCCCAUUACCUCACCCGACCGAGUUCCCUAACCCGAUCUAUACGAGUUCCCAACCUGUAUCCGAAUCGAAUAGAGAAUACUUGGCGUAAACGAAAUCCUUCGUAUUUUUAAAAUUCGAUACUCAACUAUGUAUUAAGUCUUUUUUUUUGUACUAUUUUUUUUUCUCUAUAAUCGAUCACAACUCGAUACUCGACAUUGCCAUUUGUGAUCGUGUUUAAUUCUUUUUUUUUUGUCCUUUAUUUUCAUAUAAAUAUACGAAAUGAACUUUGAUUACAUAUCAAUACUCGUAUUAAAAAAAUGAGUAUUUCUGUGAUCAGAGGUCUGUCAAAAAAGAUUUUUUUAAAAAAAAACACGUGGAGUUCAACUCUCCGGUAUUUUUUCAUUCUUAGUCAUUAGUUUAUAGACAUAGUUAAUUUUUUUCUUUUUUUUUUUAUUAUUUACUCCACGAAAACGUGAUUCAAAAAACACGUAUUUUAGUGGAUAUUUAAAUUCUUCUCUUCCAACGGUUGAUUAAGUUGUACUUUCGAUGGGUUUCCUUCUCUUUUUUUUUUAUGUAACAAAGUUAUAUUUUUUGGUGGCGGGACAACUACGACGACGACGAAGAGAAAAAUCAAAUUAACUUAUGCCGCUGAAUACUUUUUAUUGUAUAUUGUUGUGUUUUUUUUUUGUUUUGUUUUUUUAUUGCGUGUAAUUAUUAAGUGUGCGUGCGUGAGUUAUUUUUUUUAUAUUAUUUUUUAAUCGAAGCGAUUAUACUCAACCGCUGGAAGAUUUGCAUUUAAAGUCAUUUUUUUUUUGCAGUAGAUUUAGUUAUUGUAACUUGUAUAAUACGAAUGUUUUUUUUCUCAAUUACGAAUUGUUUAACUUAUUAAUCGGUUUUAAUACUUAAUAUCGUAUAAGUAACUGUUUUUUUUUCUUCUUUUUUUCCUAAUGAUGUUUUUUGUAACUUUCUUUUUAUUUUUCUUUUAUUAUUUUUUGAUGUAUAACGUCUGUGAUUUCCUGAGUUUAUUGUGUAAUCGUUAAAAAGUUGAAAAAAACUGCCAAAAAUUGUUUUGCCAAAAGAAACCGUGUGUACGUUGGAUAAGUGUAACACGAUAGUUAAUAAUGUUGUUACGCGACGAAUAUUACAUUUAUGAUUGGUUUUCAUGUUUUUUUGCGCUGCCUUUAUAUGAUUAACAAUAAUACGUUUUUACGAUUAUCAAAAUUCUAAUUUAAUUUUUAAUUAAAACACAAAACGGAAAUCAUUUUGUAUUUUUAAACAUGUAAUGGAAAAUAAAUUUUGUGAUAUAUUUUUCCAA